AUGGCGUCUGAAAGUAACAGCGUGUCUGAUGAGAAGAUAGCAGAGGCCCUGAUCAGAGAGGUCAUUGAGGAGGAGCUGAAACACAUACCCUCAGAGGACGUCCCGUCCCUCACCCUCCCUGCUGUGGAACUAAAGAAUGAGCAGGAGGAGAAGUUUGUGGACCAGCUGGGCACAUUGGUCUGCAAAAUUGGUGAAAAAUUAAAGGAUGACGUGGAGAUCCAAGCUGAUAUAGAUGAGCUUGCACAAAACUUUGAUCGGGGCAAUUUUAACAAAAGUGCAAACAAGGUGUUUGAGCAUGGGAUCACCUGGGAGAAGAUUGUUGGGUUCUUCUAUGUUCCCGGCCAGUUGGCAGUCAGAAUGGUGGAGGCUCAUCUGUCUCAGUCCGUGAUGGAGAUCCUGAAGUGGACCGUGGACUUUUUCAAACAAUAUCUCUUGGGCUGGAUUCGGGAACGAGGAGGAUGGAUCUGCAGUUUCUCAGAACUGGCGAUGGCGUCCAUGCAGACCGCGUCAUCCAUGAGCUCUCACAGAGGAGACCUUGUCAUCAUCUUCUUCGCCGGCAUAGCUCUCGGAUUCUUCAUCAGCUGGAGACUGACCAGAUGACUCUGAAGCGCACCUUAUUGCCAUGGAGAUUGUCUUUGUGAAGGUGAGUGUGAAGAGGACAGUGUGUGUGGAAGGAGGCUGAGCUGUGUCCUGAGGAUCCAGAGGCUGAAGCAGCAGCAGCAGUGAGUGUAGAGUAUCUCUGACUGGGCCUUGUUGCUGGGAGGCAAGGUGGGGAAACACGGGGAGAACAUGCAGACUCCACAAAGAAUGACCAAAUCGGAACUGGGAUUCAAACCAGGAACCUUCUUGCUGUGAGGCGACAGUGCCAACCACCACGCAGCCCUAAAGUCUUGCCCCUCGCUACCGAUUGUGUUUAUUCACAUGAAGAAUGUGUUUAUUGAAAUGACACAACACCACCAGAAUAUAUAAACCAUAUGUAAAGAGUCACAUAUAGUGUAUUUAAC